AUGUAUAAUAAAUCUGGCGAUGUGUCGGUAACGGUAGAAAACGGUCGUAUCAAUGGUCGCACCCAACCAUACAACAACAGAAGUACAGAAGUUGAGGUCUACUUAGGCAUUCCAUACGCCGAACCACCGGUCGGUGCGCUACGAUUUCGGCGUCCGCUGCCGGCUAGGAAAUGGUUGCAACCGUUAGAUGCCUACCAAUGGCCGGCACCCUGCCAACAAGAACCGUUAGCUUUGGUGUAUAUGCAAAAUCCGAAACCCAGUGAGGACUGUCUCUAUCUUAAUGUUUUUAACGCAAAGUCGUCCUUCAAUAAUAAUAACCGUAAACGAGCGGUAAUGGUUUGGAUACAUGGAGGAGGAUUUAUUAUGGGCUCGUCCAGUGAGGACGUCUACAAUCCUAUGUUGUUGGCCACUCAAGGAGAUGUAAUUGUUGUUACUAUUAAUUAUAGAUUAGGUCUAUUAGGACUAAUAAACGUGGGUUCUGAUGAGGCACCGGGCAAUAUGUUUAUCUGGGAUCAGAUACAGGCACUGGAAUGGAUACAAAAAAAUAUCGGACAUUUUGGCGGCGAUCCCAAUAGAGUUACUGUAUUUGGCGGCAGUGCCGGCAGUAUAUCCAUUAGUGCACUAAUCCUAUCGCCGAAAAGUCGACAUUUGUUUCAAAAUGCAAUUAUGAUGUCCGGUGCCGCCACUGUCUACAAGAGCAUUGCAGAGCCAACUGAUAGUAUACGGUAUUGGCUAAGUCAGGCCAAAACACUAGGAUGUAGUAGUAGUAGUAGUGAUAAAUUAAAUCAAAGUAGAAGUAAAUUCACUAAACAACUGGUUGACUGUCUACGUCAGGUGCCGGCAGAUAAAUUGGCUGUACAUCCCAGUACACCGUUUGACAGUUCAGGCAAACUAAUACCUGUAGCAGUUAAAGAUGGACAGCUAUUAACAGCUAGCGGUUUGAAAAUGUUGGAAAAGGGUGAACACAAACAAAACUUUAGUCUAUUGAUUGGUAAUACCGGAGAUGAGGGAUCAUUACUGUUGGCACUGUUAGUCGAUCCGAAAACAUUCAACUUUUUUACACCCAAAAAGUUUACAUACAGUGAAGCCUAUGAUUAUUUGAAACAAUUUUCAUCCCGUCUUUCAGCUAAUCGUCCCAUUGAUGGUAAUAAAGUGUCUAAACUUUACUUCAAGGGUCUGUCCAAUAAAACUAGUAGCGAUCAGCUGAUCCGUACUAUUGGUCAGGCGUUUGGCGACUACGUUAUGACGUGUCCGACAACUAGAUUCGGCAAAUUGUUGACCAAAAACAACAACACCGAUGUAAAUGUCUAUCAAUACUAUUAUAAUACCAAAAUAGUUGAUCCAACAAAAGCUGGUCUACUGACUAAAUGGUUGGGCUCGUUGUGUACCAAAUGGAUGGGUGCCUGUCAUUCAACUGAUGUCCUCCCAGUGUUUGGACAACCCUUUCUUAUGGCAAAAAAAUACGCGGAUCGCGAACGGGAAAUAUCCGCAGAAAUGAUGCAAAUAUUUACUAAUUUUGCUAAAACCGGAAAACCGGGUUUUAUGGAUAACCAGAAUUGGCCUAAAUUUUAUACCUCAUUGGACAGUAGUGUCAUCGCACCGUACUAUGAGUUUAGUAAUAAACCCAAACGUUUGACUAACUAUAAUAAAAAUUUAAAAAAUAACUAUUGUAAUAGUCUAUGGAAUCGAUAUAAUAAUUAA